AUGCUACUGGCAAACGUGGAGAGGGCUUGUCUAUUAUUAACGGCGAUCCACGUUUUACUCGAUAAGGGCGUCGUCGCGGAGACCUUCACGCUUGGAUACAUCACCGGGUCGAAAAGACGUCCAGGGGACUUGGAGUAUCAGCGUCCUGGUUACCGGAUAUCCGGCGCUAUAUCUCUCGCCGUGGAGGAGGUCAACGCGGGUGAACUCGGUCGACGCGGGCACAAGCUCGAUUUUCUCGUCGCGGAAACUUAUGGCGAGGAGGAGACCAGCAUCCUGAUGACCGCCGACCUGUGGACCAAGAAUAUCAGCGGUUACAUCGGCCCCCAGGAAACCUGUAUUCACGAGGGUAGAAUGGCAGCGGCGUUCAACCUCCCCAUGAUAUCUUACUUCUGCACGCACCACGAGUCCUCCGACAAGAAGGAGUUUCCCACGUUCGCGAGGACCAGACCGCCGGAUACGCAGAUCUCAAAGUCGGUCGUUUCCGUCUUGAUGGCCUUCAACUGGACCAAAGUGACGUUCAUGUACAUGAAUUCGACCCUGUUCGAGUUCAACAAGAUGUCGACGAUCGCCAAGACAAUACUGUCGUCGUUCGAGGCGGCAGGUGUGACCGUCAACUUCCUCCGUUGCUGGGAAGAACCUUAUCACGUCACUCACAUGACCAAUCCUUUCCACGAGCACGUCAGCGAGACGUAUCGGGAGACGCGAAUUUACGUGAUUCUAGGGAAUUAUUACGAGCACAUGGGUCUCUUGAUGGCUCUGGACGAAAGGAAGCUCUUGGAAAAAGGGGAAUACUGGGUGGUCGGCGUGGAUAUCGAGCAGUACGACGAGAAACGACCGGACAAAUAUUUUCGAGGUUUGUGGCAGAAGAAAACGAACUCGUCCAUCCUGAACGCGUAUCGCAGCUACUUUAGCGUGGUUGCGUCCGCGCAGAUCUACUCGAGAAACUUUACACGACUGGUGAACGCGUACAGGCAGAAGCCGCCCUUCAACUUCACCAACCCUCUCGCGAACGUCGGUGGAAUCGUUCAGAUCGUGCCAGAGACGGCGUAUCUAUACGACGCGGUGCACCUCUACGAGAGAUCGUUGCUAAAAGCGUUGGACGAGGGUCGGGAUCCACGGAACGGCAGAGAAAUGCUAGCUACGCUUUACGGCGUUCAUUAUCGCAGCGCUAUGGGAUACAUGGUAUACAUGGAUGAAAACGGGGAUGCGGAAGGUAAUUACACUCUGAUUGCGUUGGACAAUCGACCGACUAAAGGACACGGUUUAUAUCCUAUAGCGUACUUCGUGGGGAAAGAGAAUGGCACCAAUCUGCCCAAACUCCGACUGACGAGAGAAAUUUCUUGGAUCGGAGACGGACCACCGAUCGCCGAGCCUUAUUGCGGAUACCACGGUGAAAAAUGCAACUCUCACACGGGAGAGAUCGUCGGCGGAAUAGCCGGCGGGGUUUUGCUGAUCAUCGCGGCGGUGAUCCUGGUGCUUUACAGAAACUGGAGGUACGAACAGGAACUGGAUUCUUUGCUCUGGAAGGUGAACUACAGGGACAUUCAAAUCAAAGAACAGAAAGACGAGUCGAUGAUGAUCAACGAGGCGCCUACCAAAUGCAUUUCCAAGACAACGACGCAACCCAUCGUGAGGACAAGUCAAGUCUCCCUAAGCUCGAACCCCGACGCCGACUUUCGAUAUUCCAUGAUUUACACGCAAAUAGGCGUCUACAAGGGGCGGAUAUUCGCCGUGAAGAAGGUCCGGAAGAAAUCGAUCGAGAUCACGCGCGAAAUGAAGAAGGAGCUGAAAGUGAUGCGUGACUUACGGCACGACAAUUUGAACGCGUUCAUCGGCGCGUGCACCGAUCCUCCGAACAUAUGCAUCGUCGUCGAAUAUUGUGCACGAGGCAGUCUAAAGGACAUUUUGGAAAACGAGGACAUGAAGCUGGAUAAUAUGUUCAUGGCGUCGCUGGUCGGCGACAUCAUCAGAGGUAUGAUCUACCUCCACGAGUCCGUCAUAAAGUAUCACGGCUCACUGAGUACAUCGAACUGUCUGGUAGAUUCCCGAUGGGUCGUAAAACUGGCGGAUUUUGGGCUACACGAGUUCAAAAAGGACGCAGAGUGCGAACCGUGCGACGUCAUGAAAAGAUAUCACGGCUUGUUGUAUCGUGCGCCCGAACUGUUACGAUCGAACAAAACCCUGGAACCGACGGCACGAGAUUACCAAAGAGGAGACGUUUAUUCCUUCGGAAUCGUCUUGUACGAGCUUCAAGGCCGACACGGUCCCUUUGGAUUCACGGACUUGUCAGACUCGGAGAUAUUGAAAAAAGUAAUCGCACGAGAGCCGGAGGUGAAGCCGUUCAGACCACCGUUGGACCAGCUGGAGAACUGUUUCCACUUUGUGCACGAGUGUCUGAAAGAAUGCUGGGCCGAAGAUCCCGAGACACGUCCGGACUUCAAGAUUAUAAGGAACAAGCUCAGGCCGUUGAGGAAGGGCAUGAAGCCCAACAUAUUCGACAAUAUGAUGGCCAUGAUGGAGAAGUAUGCAAAUAAUCUGGAAGCCUUGGUGGACGAACGAACGGACCAACUAACGGAGGAAAAGAAAAAGACAGAUGCUUUAUUGUACGAAAUGCUGCCGCGUUACGUUGCCGAGCAACUGAAACGGGGCCACAAAGUGGAGGCGGAGAACUUUGACUGCGUUACCAUUUAUUUUAGCGACAUCGUCGGGUUCACCGCCAUGUCUGCCGAGAGCACUCCGUUGCAGGUGGUGGACUUGCUGAACGACCUAUAUACCUGCUUCGACUCGACGAUAGAGAAUUACGACGUAUACAAAGUGGAAACCAUCGGGGACGCUUAUAUGGUGGUGAGUGGGUUGCCGAUACGAAACGGCAUUCAGCACGCGGGAGAAAUUGCCAGCAUGUCCUUGUGCCUCCUAGACGCUGUUAAGCAAUUCACCAUUCGACACAGGCCCCUCGAUAAGCUGCAGCUGCGAAUUGGUAUACAUUCCGGCCCCGUCUGCGCUGGCGUCGUGGGCCUAAAAAUGCCCCGUUACUGUCUGUUCGGCGACACGGUGAACACCGCCAGUCGCAUGGAAUCCACGGGAUCGCCGCUGAGAAUUCACUGCAGCGGCGAGACGAAGAAACUGCUGGACCAGCUGAACGGAUUCAGCGUGGUGGAAAGGGGCCUGGUCUCCAUGAAAGGAAAGGGCGAACGUUUGACGUACUGGCUGAUCGGCGAAGAUCCGAUUUUGAGGGAGGAACGGAACAUUCAGCGAGAGAACCGACGCAGCGGGUGCACCAAAAGGAAGAGCACCGCGAACAACCCCCUGAUACCGCGAAGCUCCCUCAAGAACAAGUCUCUGGUAAGGUCCACGUUCAUGAGGUGCUCUAGCGAGUCGCCGAAACGACUGCGGUUCGCCAGCUCCGAUCAGCUGGACCAGAACUGCUCGAGGACCAACGGUCAGCUGGAGGCGAUAGUCGACAACAGCCCCUGCAAGCCGAAGCUGUCCACCGCGAUCAAAUCCUCGUGCUCGGAGAGCUGGAAGUCGUCCAGCAACUCUUGCCCCUGCGUGGAGAAGCUGUGCGACCAGGAGACGCGGAUCGACGCGAAGAAUCUGGCGCUGCAGAGGCUGCGAUCCGAGGCGAAGAACGCGCGGAACAACUGGACGGUCGGGAACGAGUGCUAUUUCCCGCGACCAGGAACGAAAAGCUUCCGUCUCGGAUCGACCGGGUUCGUUCAGACGACCUGCAGAUCGGCGCCCAGCAGUCCCAGGCAGAGCACACUGAUCCUGAACUGCCAGAAGAGAGCGGCGCAGUCCAACGAGGAGAUCGAUUGCUGGGACGCCACCGCGCCCCUGAUUUACUAUCCGGGUGGCCGGUUGGAUUAG